CAAAAAAGAUAAAAAGAAGAAAUGAAUAAAAUAAUUACGGAAUCACCAGCAAAGAUCGUAUUUUCCUGAAGGUGGUUACGUUGCCGUACCGGAACCACGAACCAGAGGGUCUUGAGCAGCACGGAGGAUUGACGGUAACACGGCCACGCCGGCAGUGAAGCCUACUUUGGUUCCCGCCCGGUUCCUCUUGCUCCUUCUAACUCCUUCCCCCUUCGCCAGUUUCGGAACGGAACCCUUUUUAAUUCUUUCCAGUUGAAACGUAGGACCGAUUUCGUCAGCUCAAUCCGGAAUGGUUAACAUGGCAGGGGCCGUAAGAUGCCUCGGUAGAGUCUUGAUGCAUCAUCAAAGGCGUAGUCUUUCCAAGAUGGCUUUUCAGACAUCUCUUUAUCCUUGUUCUGUAAACAUUCAGAUGCCAAACAGACAUUUUGCUGCUGCUACAAAGCCUGCAAAGAAAACAAAAAAAGGUGCCAAAGAAAAAGCAUCAGAUGACAAAAAAGAUGAGAUAGAAAAAAUAAAGUCAUACCCCUACAUGGAAGAUGAACCUGAGGAUGAUGUCUAUUUAAAACGCUUAUACCCAAGGCAGAUAUAUGAGGUGGAGAAAGCUAUUCACUUACUUAAGAAAUUUCAAAUUCUGGACUUUACUCAUCCAAAACAAGGUGUUUAUCUUGAUUUGACACUGGAUAUGUCACUGGUGAAGAAGAAAAAAGUGGAGCCAUUUGCCAGUGUUCUUAGUUUUCCAUACCCGUUCACUUCAGAAAUCAAUAAAGUUGCUGUAUUUACAGGGAAAGCAUCAGAGAUUCAAAUAGCAGAAGAAAAUGGAGCUGCAUUUGCAGGAGGAGCUGAUCUGAUUCAGAAGAUUUUGGAUGACGAAAUUUAUGUAGACUUUUAUGUAGCUGUUCCAGAAAUAAUGCCUGAGCUUAAUCCAUUAAAGAAGAAACUGAAAAAAAGAUUUCCAAAGCUUAUUCAAAAUUCCAUUGGCCGUGACAUCCCCAAAAUGCUUGAAUUAUUUAAAACUGGACAUGAAAUUAAGGUAGAUGAAGAAAGGGAGAACUUUCUUGCGACCAAAAUAGCAACAUUGGAUAUGUCAAGUGACCAGAUAGCUGCCAAUUUGCAAGCAGUUAUCAAUGAAGUUUGCAGGCACAGACCACUGAGUUUGGGUCCUUUUGUGGUACGUGCUUUCCUUCGUAGUUCAACAAGUGAAGGUUUGUUACUAAAGAUUGAUCCAUUAUUGCCUAAAGAAGUAGAAACUGAAGAAUCUAGCAAAGAAGCUGCCCUAAAGUAUUAAACUGUGAAAUUAUUUUCAGUGGAUUAAGAAGCAACAGAAAAAAUUAUAAAGCUGCAUAAUUUCUACAUUCGGUGUCUUGUUAUAUUUCUUGAUCAUCACACUGGAAAGUCAGUUUUAACACUGAAAAAUCUUACAUCAAUUUCAAAAAUAAGAA